AACGCCUGUUACAUUUUGCAUGACCCUUCAAUCAAGAUGGCUGCAUAUGGUCUAUCUGCGAUGCGAUCUUUAGCAAGAUGUCGAUCUUUUCAAGCGUAUUGUGCAUUUUCCACGGGUUUAACGUCUCGUGCGUCAGUUGCUGUGGUUAGUACAAUGAAUUUUGAAUUUUGAAAGAAUCAUAAACUUUCCAUCUGUUUUGCAAAUUGAUUUCGGGUUACCAUGCAUAAUGUCUGCUCAGUUUUAGAUCUGUGACAUACUCAGCUGGAUCUUGUGUGCUACAUUUAUUUUCUUACCACAACUUGGAUUCUAUUUGUUUUUUAUGAUAAAAAGAAAAAUGUUGAUGGUGAGGCAUCUGUGCAUAUGUACUCCACUAAAUCAUUAAUAAGAACCAAUAAAAAUGUAUGCAUAAUUCAACUUAUUAUAUAUUCAGUUAUAGAUCACGGAUGACAAACUCUUUUUCAAGAAAAAAUUUACUGUUUCAUGCAUUUUAUAGGUGCUAUCUGGGAAUGGAGUUUUUGAUGGUGCAGAAGUUCAUGAGGCUUCAGCGUAAGUCUUCUGCUAUGUAUUAGAGAAUAAUGUAAAUUUUCCCUGAAGAUCAAUAAUCUGCAUCAAAAGUAGCUGGCAAAUCUCAUUUGAACAGUUCUAUUUAUCAUUUAUGUGUUGCAUAACACCACUGUUGACUUAUUUUCAAUACCAUGCCAUGAAUCAUUGAAUAACACCACUGUUGUUAUUAUUAACACCAUGCCAUGAAUCAUUGAUCUAAACCCUCUCUUACCCAUUCAAGGUUGCCUGUAUGUAACUUCUGUAAGAGUUCCUGGAAUCACAAUCCAAUAUUUUUGGGAGGGAGGGGAUGAAUAGGUUAACUUACUUGAGGGCAAAAGAGAUAACAUGAAAGUACUGGGGGGGGGGUCCAAAAGGUCAAUGUGUCACCAAUUUGUUGCCGAUUGUAGAUAAUUUACGUAUUAGACCAUUUUUGAAUAUGAAUAAUUUUAGGUAUAAUAUAUAUUAAAUAUAUAAAGCCAAUCUAUGCUGUAAACCACCGACCAGCUUACUGCGCAAUUAUAACCUUACCAUAUUCAUGAAAUCUAACCCAUAGAUUUGUACCAUUUUGAAAUCUCUUGAAAACCCUGGGUUGUUUAGUUGUCAUAGUUAUUAUGUAACAAUAAAGGUUAGGUGCAAUAUUGUCAGGGCAUUUUUGGAAUGGCUAAAUUGGAGGUAAACUCUGUUGUUUCAAUUCUGUCCUGUACUUGGUUUGGUGGUCUGGGUGGCCCAAGUUUUUGUAGAUGUACUGUUCCAGGUGAUUUAAUACAAUAUUUUCUCUCUCUCUCUCUCUUAACAUAAGGGUACUGGUCCACCUGAGCCAAGCUGGGGCUGAUGUGAGCAUGUAUGCACCAGAUAUUCCACAGAUGCAUGUAUUGAAUCAUGCUAAGGGAGAAGUAAUGGAGAAUGAGACACGGUAACGGAUUACUAACUUAUCACAUGAUUGUGAUAAGAGAAGAAUAUUGAAUAAAGAAGGGAAGAGAAAAUAAGUUGGAGAAAUUGUUUCACAAAUAAAUUUUUCAAAAGGCAUAUGGUAACAUAUCAGUUCUUGAGAUAGCUUUUGAUAAAUUUAUUUUGACAGUUUGUAUCAAAUCUUAAUAUUUGCACCAGUUGGUUGAUUCAAGUUGAUAUGUAGUUUCCCCAGCUUUUUGGCUUUUUGUUGUUAAAAUUUUCUUGUUUGGACGUCUUUCCAAGAACAGUUAAAUUUAACCAAUAAAAACUCAGGAUAUCUCCUCAGUCUUGGUAGAAUCAAUGUAUUAUUCUAAAUUAUGGGUGAUGUAAAGGAACCAGAAAAGGAAUUAAGACUGAAAGUGCUUUGUAUUGAUCAGUUUCAGUAAGCAUCACUUGUUAGCUUUUUAUAAACCCCUUCAAUCCCAAGAACUUAAUAGUAAUUCUCCUUACCAUCUGUCAUACAAUUCUUAUGAUGUAAGUUUGGAGAAUUUGGUAUCGAAUCAACUUAUAUUCCCCUAGUUGAUAUUUUUCUUUAUUCCUAUCACUUGUCUACUUGAUAUAGUAUUGAUACUGUAAGGGGAAAUUGUGUCUUGAUCAUCAAUGGGAGUUAAAGGGUUAAUAGCUUAAUGACAAUUUUUGAUUUCAGGAAUGUUUUGGUUGAGUCUGCCAGAAUAGCUAGAGGGAAGAUCACUCCUCUUGCCAAUCUCGAUGCUGCUUCCCAUGAUGCUGUUAUUUUUCCAGGAGGAUUUGGAGCAGCAAAGAAUUUGUAAGUCCAGAGACUGAUGAUUAUAGAUUUUUCAUAUUUUUCACUGCAACAUCCGGAGGAAAAGAUUCAUGAGAUGAAUUCCAUUUUUUAUUUAAAACAAAUAUUCAAAGGUAAUAUUUUAUUAACAAAUCACCUAAGAAGCUCUGAUUGUUAAAUGAGUUCUCCUUGUCAUUAACAAAGGAAAUGUCUAGUGAAGCAUAAGGAGAGUAUGGAGUUGUAAGCUAACUAUUAGGGUGCUGAAGCUCCUAGGUGGGAAAGAUGUUUUAUAAUAAUUAACUUAUAUUAGUAGUAAUGAUAAUUAAUUUUUAUUUUUGAACAAAACAGAUAAUAUGCAGUGUUUGUAUUUUUAUCAGGAGUUCCUUUGCUGUGGAUGGUGCAGGCUGCACAGUUAAUGAAGAAGUUGCAAAAUGUAUCAAUGAUUUUCAUGCUGCCAAAAAACCUAUUGGGUGAGAGCACAACUGAAUUGUGUACAUUAUAUUUUUUAUUCUAUUCUGAUCUCACAUCAGUAGGAGAGGUCAGUUCUUGUGGCCUGAUGGCUGUCUCAGAUUUAUGACAUGUUAUGCUCUAACUCUGUAUAACAGGGUAAAUUAGUAUUAUCAGCUGAGUUGAUAAUGUAAAUUGGCCACCAUAAAGAGUCUAAAAGCUGACAUUUUGAGCAUUAGCCCUUCGUCAAUUGCUCUGGGGAAGGGCUUGAAACAUCAGCUUUUAGACUCUUUAUGGUGGCCAAUUUACAUUAUCAACUCAGUUGAUAAUACUAAUUUACCCUGUUAUACCCUCCCACCGAAGCAGCACCACAGUUUCUUUAGAAACUUACCCCCUUUAUCCAGCUCUGUAUGCAUAGCUUCCAACAUGUGGCUGGAUCAGUAGCUCAGUUGGUAGUAACACCCAACUAGUAUCAGGAAGGCACAGGUUCAAAUCCUGUUGAGGCCAGAAUUUUUUCAGGCUUCUUUUCUGCAGUUGCUUAAAUUGCAGCUCACCUGUGACAAUCAUGGCUUUAUUUCAUUUCAAUCUGCAGGUCAAUGACAUUUAUUUCAUUUUAAAUUUAAUGUAUAUGUCUUAUAUGAUGUAAUACUAAAGAUUCUCUCCAUUUGACCAAAUGUCAGAAAUGUUCUAAAACGAAUAACCAAAUAAUUUUACAGCAAAAGAGCACCAUUUCUAACCUAAUUUUACUUUAAAUAAAACUUGACUUGUUCCUGCAUUCCUUAAGAUCAAUAGUACAAUUUUGUGCCAAAGAUGCAAAGCAACCAAAACAACAAUUGCAUAUCAAAAAUGUUGUCAUCUUGUUUCAUUUCAGUCUUUGUUGCAUUUCUCCAGUGUUGGCAGCCAAGGUUAGUUUAGUCCCUAAAACAUUGUUAUAUUUAAAAUUAAUUUCAACAAUUUUGCAUUGCUUUUUGUAAAUUCUAAUCUCCUUUUAGAUAAAAAAAAAAAAUUGAUCGAAGUAAGUUGGCAGGUUCGUUACAUCUCUUAAAAUUGAUAUCUAACAUGGAAUUUAUUUAUGUCAGCUCAUCCCGGGUGUUGAGAUAACAGUAGGACAGGACAAGGACGAUGGAGGCCGCUGGCCAUAUGCGGGUACUGCAGAUGCUGUGCAACAGAUGGGAGCAAAACACAUAAACAAAAAUGUCGACAUAUCCUUUUAAAUUGUGUUGCUUUGGUUCUAAUCCUAGGGUGAUGCGUCUAACAAUGCAACAAAAAGAGAAUGUGCGAGUCAAUAAUGUCACAAUCAAAUCCCAAACGGUGUGCGAGACUCGGUUACUAACGUAAUCAUCAGACACAUGACAAAGUGUGCAUGUCGCUCAGGUGACAACAAAACGUUAAGCAGAGAGUGCGAGUCAUCAAACUAACAGUCAGACAAUCGCUCUGACGAAGGGCUAACACUCGAAAAGUCAGCUUUCAGACUCCUUACGGUGGCCAAUUUACUUCAUUAACUCAGUUGAUAAUACUAAAUUACCUUGUUAUACUCUCUCACCGACGCAGCGCCACAGUUUUUUUGGAAAGUUACUCCCUUUUAAAAAUCAAACAGAUAAGCUCAACCUAACUAUCCGAUAAAAAGACAGAAUGCGCGAGUUACGCACCAAACAAUCAAACAGAAAACGCGACUUACACUGUACCAACGUAACAAUCAAACAGAAGCAGAGUGCACGAAUUAACUACAUAACAAUCACACAGAAGAAAGAAUGCACUAGUUACAAACGUAACAAUAACACGGCAAUCGAAGCAAUUAAUCAAAAAAUAGUAUGCGCGAGUCACUCACGUAACAAUCAAACAGGAAACAGAGUGCAGAUUACUUACGAGACAAUUACACAGAAACAGAAUGCACGAUUAACAAGCGUAACAAUCACACAUAAAACAGAAUGUGCAAGUUACAAAAGUAACUAUCACACGGAAAAGAGAAUGCGCGAGUUACAGACGUAGCUAUCAUAUACCAUACGGAAUGCGCAAGGAGCAAAGGUAACAAUCACACAGAAGAGAAUGUGCUAGUUACCAACAUAACAAUCACAGAAAAUAGAAUGUGCCAGUCACACAGAAAACAGAACGUGCGAGUUAGCAAUGUAACAAUCACACAGAAACAGAAUGUGCUAGUUAUUAGCGUAAUAAUCACACAGAAAACAGAAUGCACGUUACCAACGUAACAAUCACACACAAAACAGAAUGCACGAGUUACCAACGUUACAAUCACACAGAAAACAGAGUGUGCUAGUUACUAGAGUAAUAAUCACACAGAAAACAGAAUGUGCUAGUUACCAGCGCAACAAUUGUACGAGUUACCAACUUAACAAUGACACAGAAAACAGAUUGCGCUAUUUACAACGUAAAGGUAGUGACCAACGUAACGAUCGCACUGAAAAAAGAAUUUGCGAGUUACCAACGUAACAAUCAUAUACAAAACAGAUCGCGUAAGUUACAACGUAACAAUCAUACGCAAAACAGAUUGCGCGCGGAAUCAACGUAACAAUCUCACAGCAGUCGAAGCAAUCAAACAAAAGUCACACGCGUACGUAACAGUCAAACAGAAAACAGAAUGCGCGAGUGACUAUCACACACGGAAGGGUGCGAGAUUUGCCUAUGUAACUAUUUGUAACUCAAAACGGAAUGUACCCGUCACUAUCGUGGCAAUCAUAGAGAAAACAGAGGGCAACGUGCGCCAGCCAUAAACUUUAAAAUCAAACAUCAGAACAGAGUCUAGGAGUAACUAACGUAACUAUGAAACACGGAACAGAGUGAGCGACUCAAUGGAAGUCAGUGAAUAACACCGUAAACACUGUUUCAGUCUGCCAUCAUCACGGUAUCAGAAAUGCCCUGUUUGAUUUAAGAAAUUUCCAUAUAAAUCUUUCUACAUAAUAACGAGUGUUAACGUACGUGAUUUUAAUGAGGUUCUUAUUUUGAAACAGUCUAGCUCUGUUCUUUACUAAUCAUUCUCAAGCAGAAAGGGUUUAAAAAAGUUAAGAUAACCCGGCGAAAAAGGGAUUAUUAUUUGUUCAGAUUGAAGUAAUUUAAAAUAUUUGUAAGCGUACUUUACAUAAACAAUGGACCACAACAGUCAUAAGGAUGUUUAGAUUCCUCAUUUUUUGCUGCACCGAGAUUGAAGGUGUUGGUGCUUUUCCUUAACUGCUUGCACGAAAUUCAUGUGGACCAACAGAACAAAGUUGUUACAACCCCAGCAUUCAUGUGUGAGACAAAAGUUCAUGAGAUACACGAUGGUAUCGGCAAGAUGAUAGAGGCGAUCGUGAAGAUGUUUUAA